UCUCUCUCUCUCUCCAUCAGUCACUGAGCUCUGCACCUCUGCAGCUUUCUCUUUAAACAGUUGUUCCAGUGGAAGAAACACAGAAGUUGCAGACUCUGCCAUUACAUCAUCUAUUCUCUCUCUCUCUCUCCGCCCCCUCUUCAUUCUUCUUUUAUAAAAGCCACAAACGGAUCUCCAUUCAUUCUCAGUAUCAUAGUCUCUUUAAUAGCAAAAAAGAAGCAACGCCAAGAAAGAGAGAGAGAGAGAGAGAGAGAGAUGGAGAAUGGCGGGAACGGAUUCAACAACGGUGGCAGAGGGCAAAUUGGUAAUAGUAGCAAUCUAUCGUGGGAUUUCUGGGAGGUCGGGACGUCUCGGUUCGACUGGUGCAACCCUUUCGCCGAAGACAACACCGCCGUCGCGACCACCACAACCACGGCGGCGCAGGCAAUGAUGCUUUCCCAUUGCCACUACCACGACGACCAGGUGGACAAUGCGCACCCGUACCAGUACUCAUCACUGUACGCCGGGGUGUCACAUGUGCAGCAGGAUCCUCACCUCACUUGCUUGAAGCUUGGGAAGCGCCAUUACUUCGAAGACGGGACCACCACGCAAUUUCAACAACUAGCCUCCUUCCCGCUUGGAAAGAGGGGGAAGCCUUAUGGACUCAUCGGUGCUCGGUCUUCCUCUUCCUCCUCCUCCUCCUCCUCCUCGUCGUCGGUGGUGGUGCCUAGGUGCCAGGUAGAGGGCUGCCACGCGGCGCUGGUGAACUCCAAGGAUUAUCACCGCCGGCAUAAGGUGUGUGAGAUGCACUCCAAGGCGCCCAAGGUGGUGGUUCUUGGUAUGGAACAACGUUUCUGCCAGCAGUGCAGCAGGUUUCAUGUCAUAUCUGAGUUCGACGAUUCAAAGAGGAGUUGCAGGAGGAGACUAGCCGGCCAUAACGAGCGGAGGAGAAAGACCUCUAUCGAAUCUAUCUCCAAGAACCCUUCUCGAGAAAGUAAAUCGGUAGGUGGAAGAUUAUCUUGUUUAUCAUCAUCGAAGGGCUGUGCUCUCUCUCUUCUGUCAUCCAGGUCUGAUUCUUGGGUUUCUCCAGCUGAUAUCUCCUUGCGAUCAAGUGCUGCACUUCGCGAGCUGAUCGCAGAGAAUCGUGCGGCCACCUUCGCUAGGCAACUCUUCUUUGACAGAGCAUGGAAUCACCACACAAUGGAUGAGUUAGGUGAUGCACAACAAGGAUUCCUCCCUCACAUCCCCCACCAACACAAUAUGCUUCCUGAACCACCUGAUGAGUGGGAUAGGUUCCAUGAAUCAGGUGCACACUUGACACUGGACCUUAUGCAGACUCCUACUUCACCUUUUGGGUUCUUAUCUGGGAGGAGCAAGACCAAAGAAGAUGAAGAUGAAGAUGAUUGUGGUGAGAUAUGGAAGUCCUUGGAGGGAACUGUCUGAAUUAAUGCGGAAUCCCUUGAGCUUGUUUCCUUUCCUCAUGU